CUACCAAGUACCAUCCAUUUCUCUCGUAUCUCCAAUCCUUUAACUCCACCUUCGUCCCUAUUUUAAAUGGUCGAGAUCGAUCGCUGAUUAAAAAAAUUGGAGACUUUGCCAAUGAAGAAAAGAAAGUACAAAUCAAUCAAUUUUGUGCAAAUAAAAAAAUUGAUAUUAUUUUAAUUUUUCUUUCACCGUCCACGUUCUAUGACGUUACUUGUUACCUUACCCAUUAUUUAGUACAAGUUCAGAGUCUCUUAUCGAGAAACACUCUAGUGAUAAGGUAUGGGAGGCGCCGGAGCGAUGAAGGCCGCGUUGAAGGUGACUAGGACAUUGCCGAUGAAUGGAGCCAGGCGGCUCACGGUAGAGAACCAUCCGGUCUCGGUUGCUGCCGUGUCCACCCGCUCAUCGGCAGCGAUGGACUCACCACUGAUGGCUUCUUCGUCACAAUCGAAGGAGGAGCUGAGGGUUACGGCCGGUGAGCCUUUGCCUAGGGUUAUUUUUGUCGGCCUGCCCACUCUUCAGGAAGCAAGAGAAGCAACUUCUGAACUAUCGCACGCAGGCCAAUUAUUUCUAGCUUCAUCUAAUCCUGUUCGACAUGAGGACAUGACUGUAGGAGAUCAACAUCCAAACUCAUCGCUGCGGUCAAACUCACAUUUGUCUACGGGUGCUAUUCAAGCAUUUCAGCUUCUAAAUCAAAGCCCACGAGUUCAGAAUGUUGUUUCAUCUAUUGUUGCUGAUUCAAAUGUGUGGAAUGCUGUGAUACAAAACCAAGAUUUUCAGGAUUUGCUCCAAUCACGCAGGAGUCUCGCUACUACUAUUCUCGAUCAGCCGUCUCUGGGUACAGUCGAUAAUGAUAUCUCAUUUGGGUCGAUUACAAAUUUUUUGCAGAUGAUGAAGGGGAUUGUGGUGGACGUGAUGGAUUGGAUGAUCCAUUGGUCCAUAUUGUUCAAGAAUUUAACUGAAGCUGAUCGAAUGCCUCAAAAUGACAAUGGAAGUACAAGAUUUGACUCUUCAAAUAAUUUGUUAAAAUCAAUCAUUGGGUUGGUAAUCUCGGUGAUAAUGAUGAUUUUGAUGAAACGUAAUAAAUAAUCUCUCUUCGAGUUGUAUAUAUUCGUCGAACUUUCCAUGCUUCCAUGUAUUACGAACUCUUGAAUUAGCAAUGGCUCUUGAAUUGCAUGACAUCAGGAGAAUUAUCUGUUUGUCUUUUUGUGAAUUGUCGCAGUUGCUUUUUAAUAAGAAUAAAGUAAUUUUAUGGUGUUCA